CCCCCAAUACUCCCCCGUGGCCGCCCGCGCCUCGAGGCCCCGACACACCCGCUCCCCCACCACCUCGCGCUCGCGGCGGCCACCGGCGCGGCGGCGGCGGCGGCGUGCCUUGCCUUGCCUAGCUCGCUGGUGCCAUGGAGGUGCGCCGCAGGGCGCCGCUGCCGCCGCCGCCCGGGAGGGUGCAGGCGGGCGACGCGCUGCCGCUGCCGAUCCGGCACACGAACCUGAUAUUCUCGGCGCUGUUCGCGGCGUCGCUGGCGUACCUGAUGCGGCGGUGGCGGGAGAAGAUCCGGUCGUCGACGCCGCUCCACGUGGUGGGGCUCGCCGAGAUGCUCGCCAUCUUCGGCCUCGUCGCCUCGCUCAUCUACCUCCUCAGCUUCUUCGGCAUCGCCUUCGUGCAGUCCAUCGUCUCCUCCAGCGACGACGAGGAGGAGGACUUCCUUGUCGGGCCCGCCCGUGGCUCCUCCGCGGCGGCGGCCGUCGCGCCGCCGCCGCCGCCUUCUUCUCCGGCGCAGUGCUCGCUGCUGGGUAGCCCCCACGACGAUGCCGCGCGGGAGAGAAUGCCGGAGGAGGACGAGGAGAUCGUGUCGUCGGUCGUUGCCGGGAAGGUCCCCUCCUACGUGCUGGAGACCAAGCUCGGGGAUUGCCGCCGCGCAGCCGGAAUCCGGCGCGAGGCGGUCCGGCGGAUCACCGGGAGGCAGAUCGAGGGGCUCCCGCUCGACGGAUUCGACUACGCCUCGAUCCUCGGGCAGUGCUGCGAGCUCCCAGUGGGGUACGUGCAGCUCCCCGUCGGCAUCGCCGGGCCGCUCCUGCUCGACGGCCAGCGGUUCUACGUCCCCAUGGCCACCACCGAGGGGUGCCUCGUCGCCAGCACGAACCGCGGCUGCAAGGCCAUCGCCGAGUCCGGCGGCGCCGUCAGCGUCGUCCUCCGCGACGGGAUGACGCGCGCCCCCGUCGCCCGCCUCCCCACCGCUCGCCGCGCCGCCGAGCUCAAGGCCUUCUUGGAGGAUUCUGUCAACUUCAAUACCCUCUCCAUGGUCUUCAAUAGGUCCAGUAGAUUCGCGAGGCUGCAAGGGGUACAAUGUGCCAUGGCUGGGAGGAACCUGUACAUGAGAUUCAGCUGCUGCACGGGGGAUGCCAUGGGGAUGAAUAUGGUCUCCAAGGGCGUGCAGAAUGUGCUGGAUUACCUCCAAGAUGACUUCCCUGACAUGGAUGUUAUUAGCAUCUCAGGUAACUUUUGCUCUGACAAGAAGCCAGCUGCUGUGAAUUGGAUCGAAGGGCGCGGUAAAUCUGUGGUUUGUGAGGCAGUAAUCAAGGAGGAUGUAGUCAAAAAGGUGCUGAAGACCAAUGUGCAAUCGUUGGUAGAGCUCAACGUGAUCAAGAAUCUUGCUGGUUCAGCUGUUGCUGGGGCUCUUGGGGGUUUCAAUGCCCAUGCUAGCAAUAUUGUAACUGCAAUCUUCAUAGCCACUGGGCAGGAUCCUGCCCAGAAUGUGGAAAGCUCUCACUGCAUCACAAUGUUGGAAGCUGUAAAUGAUGGCAGAGACCUUCACAUCUCCGUUACUAUGCCAUCAAUUGAGGUGGGCACAGUUGGGGGAGGGACUCAGCUGGCGUCACAGGCUGCUUGCUUGGACCUGCUCGGCGUGAAAGGCGCGAACAGGGAAUCCCCGGGAUCAAACGCGAGGCUCCUGGCCACCGUGGUGGCAGGUGGUGUCCUUGCCGGGGAGCUGUCCCUCCUAUCUGCACUCGCCGCAGGCCAGCUUGUCAAGAGCCACAUGAAAUACAACAGGUCCAGCAAAGACAUGUCCAAGGUGAUUUCCUAGUCCUAGUAGUUCGAGGUUUGGAUCGUUGCAUUGGAAAGAAAGAAAGAAAAAAUGGAUAGAUUCAGAAUGAAGUGAAUUUCAUGUCCUGUGAAAUGGGUGGCUUUCUUAAGAGGUCAAGGGCUCAUCAAACAAAAGUGAAGGACAGUGAAGUUUACGGUGACAUCGUCAUGGCUGCUGAUGCUGAUACAAACAGUUCUUGUUCCGAGGUUUGUGCUACUUAUUUCUUGAUGUUUGGUGGUAUUGGCCGGUCUGCUGCUGAGUCAUGAAACCGGUCGUUCUCCGGCGUGCUGUCAUCGACCCCAUUUUACAACUGGGAGGCUAACUUUGGUCUUGGUGUUCAUAAACAAUAAUGUUGAUAAAAUAGGCCAUGGUUGGUAGGUACUGGACUACUGGUGGACGACGGGCCUCCCUCGUUGCUUCACGAAGCUGUCCACUUUCCAGCUUUGCUUUAGUAAUUACUUUCGCUUUGUUUUAAUCCUUUUUUGAGUAGUUUUUCUCCAUUAUUUCCUCGUCGGUCAGAACUCAGAACCCUGUCGAAGCUUAGUGAUGUGGUAAUUUUGUAAAAAAAGAUGUGUUGCUAAGUGGCUCCUCUCCAUUGUGUAUGAAACUCUCUCUGUUUCUUUCCUUUUUGUACCGAUUCUCUGGCCAAUUCCGGGAUCUGAAUGAAUGGUCGAGACGUUGAAGUGUCA